AUGAUAGCUGUUCUGCUCCUGUCGCUGGUCGCCCACUCCUUUGCUCUGCCUCUGCCGUCCGGGGACAAAGACAGCUUGCUUUUAGCAGAGAAGUACCUUCGUCGGUUCUAUGGCCUCCCAGCUGGUCUCCAAGGUAGACAGAGGUCCUCAGGUGCCUUUCAGACCAAGAUCACGGAGAUGCAGAGAUUCUUCAAACUCAAGGUGACGGGGAAUGUGGACGACAACACUCUGGAGCUGAUGAAACAGGCCAGAUGUGGCGUCCCUGACGUCGGGGAGUACAACCACUUCCCUCGAGACCUCAAAUGGCAAAACAACAAUAUCACAUUCAGGAUAGUGAAUUAUACACCAGAUCUGCAGAAGUCUGAUGUAGACAGAGCCAUCCGCAAUGCGCUGAACAUUUGGUCUGACGUCACCCCUCUGACCUUUAAGAAGCUGCGCGAGGGCAUCGCUGACAUUAUGAUCAGCUUUGGAAGUAAAGAGCAUGGAGACUAUAACCCCUUUGAUGGGCCUAACGGAUUGCUUGCUCAUGCCUACCCACCGGGCCAAGGCAUCGGAGGAGACACUCACUUUGAUGAGGAUGAAAACUGGAGCAAAGAUUCAUCAACUUACAACCUGUUUAUAGUGGCGGCCCAUGAGUUGGGCCACGCCCUCGGCAUGGCCCAUUCCACAGACGCGGGCGCCCUGAUGUACCCCGUCUACUCGUACGCUACAGGCUACCCACUGGCUGAGGAUGACAUCGAAGGCAUUCAAGCUCUCUACGGCCCGAACCCAAACUCAAGGAAAGUGAAGCCAAAGCCGGACGCACCCAACAAAUGUGACCCCAUGUUAAGUUUUGAUGCCAUCACAGAGCUCAGAGGGGAAACCAUCAUCUUCAAAGACAGAUUCUACUGGCGUCUCCACUCUCAGAUGCCGGAGCCUGAGCAGACCCUGAUCAAGUCCACGUGGCCCACCAUCCCCAACAAGGUGGACGCAGCAUACGAGUACCCAGAGAAGGAUCAAGUCAUCAUAUUCAGUGGGAUCCGAAUGUGGGCUUUGAAUGGAUACACCCUCGUGGACGGUUACCCAAAGUACAUACACACACUUGGUCUUCCCAAGAAAAUAAGGGAAAUAGAUGCGGCAGUGCACAUCGGAGACACCGGGAAAACUCUGUUCUUUACCGAUGAGCAGUAUUGGAGCUACGAUGAAGCAACAGCCACCAUGGACAGCGGUUACCCGCGAUCCAUCGAGGAGGAUUUUCCUGGGAUGGAUGACGAGGUCGACGCAGCUGCGUAUCACUAUGGAUUCUUGAAUUUCUUCCACGAACACAUACAGUACGAGUACAGCUACACCUCAAGGAAGGUCAUUCGCAUCAUGAGGACCAACUCCAUUCUCAACUGCUGAUGACGUCUGCAACCGUCAACGAUGUCUUAAUAAUAUAUGUGAAUGCAUGGCACACAACAUCAGCACAAAAACCUGAAUACAAGCAAACACACGUUAAAAAAUGAGACAUAGGAAGAUGCAGUUCAUUGAAUGAGCAGAGGAGAUGGAGCCAUGCAGGGUUGACCUGUUAAAGUUUAUUAUUACUAGUGCUGGACACCUGUAGGUCAUACAGUAUCAUUUGUCAGACACAGAAUGCUGGAGUAUUUCUCAGAAAUGUAUUUCCUUAGAUUAUUUUAUUUAUAUUUAUUUCACAUCUCUAUAUUUGUACUAAAAGUUUCACUAUGAACGGCAAGAUCCUUAGCAGGUUAAGUUUCCUGUCAAUAACAGUUUGGCUGACCUCAAUAUUUGACCAGUGUACAUGUUUCACUAACUUUAGUAUUUUAAGAGCUUGGCAGUUUAAUAUAUUCUUUGUUUGUUUUUUGGAUUUUUGUGAGUUUUGUGAAGUGCAUUAAAAGCAGUGAAAUUAAGAUCCUGUGCUGAAGAGCUGAACGUAAAGUGAUGAUGUACCAUUUAGUGGCAUUUUUAGGGACAUUUAAAGUAUUUCAUAUUGUGCCAAAUCAGAGGUUUAACACAUCACAUGAAUGGGACUGUGUAUGAAAGAUCUACUUACUCAAACCAGAUUUCUUAACACACGGCUUUAACCAGAUGUCUUUGUAGCACUGAAGGUACAUUUUUGACAUAUGUGGUAAUUUUGGUCUGUAUUUUCAAAAUCCUUUAAAAAAUG